AUGGCGGAUUAUGACUUCGAUGAUGCUGCCAUUCAGAACUUCCUAGAUCCUCUCUUCUCCUACCUCUCCACGGUCCUCCCAGCUCCGAUCUACUCGAUCGUGGAGGCUCUCAUAACGCACACCCUCACCCUCCUCUCCGCGCUCUUGAACUUUGCCCUCGCCCUCGCCACCGCGCAGAACUGGGACGCACAGAAGAUCCUGCCCCCACUCAUCACCCUGCUCGCGGCGUAUCUUGCUCUCGUCAGCUUCUACCGGACGACCGGAUGGAUGAUCCGCACCGCGUUCUGGUUCGUCAAAUGGGGCGGCAUCCUAGUCGCGCUCUCCGCAGGGGCAGGCUACUUCCUGGCGAACGCCGGCAUCGAUGGCGGGAACAACGGCGUAGGGGCAUUCAACGGGAAUCUCCUGUCGUUCUUCGGGAACGCGCUCCUCGGCCUCUUCGAUAACGAGGACUCACAAUCUGGCCGGACGCGCCCUGCGCGAAGUUCGCGAUCGCGCACAGGCCCGAACACGCGCUCGCAGACGAAGAAGCACAAGGAGAAGGAGAGACCGAAGGCUUGGGAGAGCUGGGAUAAGCAGCGGGACUGGAGACACACUGCUGAAGCGGCCGGUCGGGACGAUGCUGCGAGGAUGAAUGAGGGCGUGCAGGAAGCGGUGCAAAAAGUGACUGGCCUGGUUCGCGACGCCCUCGGCACCGGGUGGUGGGAGGUAGUGAAGAAUGCGGUCGGUAGCGGACUUGCCGGGACGACAGACGAGAGGCAAGAAGCCUCCCAGUCGCGCCGGAAAACGAAACAGGAUACGAAGGGUCGUGGAAGUUCGCGGUAGCUGUCGCUCGAGGCUCCGAUGUUUGGGUUAUCUGGGUCUGUUUCAGUCUGUAUCUAGGGUGUACUUGUGUAAUUUGCCGCAUAUAUUUAUCCAGGUCCGAGUCUGCGGCUUGGGUCCUCCUGUC